AUGAGCGAUGAAACCACAAAGAGUGGUGAAACAUCACGCAAGCGUCCGCGAGAUCCACCUUUUGUAGAGGAUUACCGCCCCUAUACGGGACGCCAACUGGCGCAUGUACUUGAGCGUAAGGCCACUCAUAAAGAAAAUUGGGAUCUCUACUACCGGAAUAAUACAGUAAAUGGAUACCGUGACCGACAUUAUAUUAUACGUGAAUUUCACGAACUCCGAGAAAAACUUGAACAACUAAAAAAGGAUAAAGCACCAGUAGAAGUAUCAGCAACCACAGAAACAAAAAAAGGAACAAUGAAACCAACUUUAUCUGAUGAUGAUGUUGUUCUCUGGAUGGAAGCAGGAUGUGGUGUUGGUAAUGCUAUUUUGCCUAUCCUUGAGGAAUAUGGUAAUAUUCCAGGAUGGGGUAUUGUAGGUUUUGACAUUUCAUCUGUCGCAAUUGCACUACUACAGGAAAAACAGAAGGCUCUUCCUUUUCACAUGCAACAAAAACUUGUUGUUCGUGUGCUAAAUCCAGUUGAAGAAAAUAUUACUAUUUCUGAUUCAUCUUCUACUUGUACUUCUACAUUUAUAGAAAAACCCGUGGAUUUUGUCUCAAUGAUCUUUGUUUUAUGCUCUAUUCCUGUAGAGAAACACAAACUAGUGUUACAACGUAUAACCUCAUGCUUAAAAGAUAAUGGUAUUUUUUUCUUUCGAGAUUAUUGUGUUGAUGACCAUGCAGAAAAACGUUUUGCUACAUGUCGUCAAGUUGAGGAAAAUACAUUUGCACGCAGUAAUGGGACAUUGAGUCAUUUUUUUUCUCUUGUUGAGGUUCGGGAACUUUUCCAGGCGAAUGGUUUCGAAGUAAUAGAACUCUCAGUAGUUGAAAGAGAAGUGCAAAACAGGAGAGAAGGUAUGAGGCUGCAUCGAAGAUUUCUCCAGGGACGGUUUCGCAAAAUGGAAAAAAAGGGGUGA